AAAAAUAUAGAUAAGUUAAACUCAAUAUACUUUUACGUUUACAUGGUUAAUGCAUUGUAACGUAUAUUUUCAUACUUACUAGGCAGCAAGAAAUAUAUAUAGGCGCAGUACGAUUCAUGAGGUAAUGUACAAAUUAAAAAACAGAGAGAGUAAAGGUCAAAUGUUUCAAAUAUAUUACUAAUAAGUAAAGUAAGCAAAAGUAUGAGUUUAUCCGUAGAUCGAAGUUCGGAAAAUGCGUCAGAUUUGCAACUUGAAGAUUUUAUAGAAAAAGAAAGUCGAAGACAACUAUUUCAGAAUUUAGCGCUUAAUCUGACAGACAUUUGUUGGGAAACCUGCAUUGAUCGUCCUGCACCACGAUUGGAAGCCAAGAUAGAAAAAUGCCUUAUGAACUGUGUUGAACGUUUCAUUGACACAACUAAUUUCAUUACAAAUAGAUGGGAACGCAUUGCUUUAAAUAAAAGUUCUGAUAUUGAUUUGAAAUAGAUUAUCUGAUAUUGAUUAGAAUAAAUAAG